AUGGAGCGCAUCGCUUUUUCGACGGCUUUAGUCUUGUUUCUCGUUUCGGGGGUUGCGCUUGCGAAGGACUCACAAUCGCGGAUACCUGAAUUCUUUAUGGGCAGACCUCGUAAAGGAUUUUUAGGCGAUUCAUUAGCAAAUAAGCCACACAUUCGUGCCCAAUUUGACGCUUCCACCGCCACAUUUGAUCAAAUUUUGGACCAUUUCACCCCGUCUGAUACGCAACUUCUUCUAUUUCAGCGCUACUUUUAUAACAUGAAUUACUACAAAGCAAAUGACCGUGUUUUUCUGAUGCUUCGCGGUGAGUCUCGUGCGGACAACGAGUGGAUCACUUAUACAGGUUACCCCUUGGUGCGAUGGGCAAUGAAUCACAGUGCAGCACUGUUCGAACUGGAACACCGUUUCUAUGGAGAUAGCAGACCGUUUCCGACGCUAGCUACGGAGAAUUUGAAAUAUCUCAGCAGUAAACAAGCGAUCGAGGAUGCGGCUUAUUUCAUACGUUACAUCAAUGAAAAGUUCAAUUUUUCGGAUCCAAAAUGGGUGGUUUUUGGUGGAUCAUACUCGGGUUUGGCUCAAUAUCGUUUACUCAUAUAUUAUAUGCUUCAGAGCCAUCAGUGCCAAGAAUUUUUUGGCGCUUUGGCCGCGUGGUUACGAGAGAAGCAUCCAGAAUUGGUUGUGGGCGCAGUGGCGAGUUCGGCACCAGUCGAAGCGAAGCUCGAUUUUUACGGUCUGUUCUCAUUUUACUUCUUUUGCGUGUUUAUAGAGUAUCUUGAAGUGGUUCAAAAGGACAUUCGUUCCUGUAGUGUGUCGUGCGCCUCUGCAGUAGGAGAAGCUUUCAAUGCAAUGUCCGAAUUAAUAUGGACAAAAGAAGGACGAAAGAAUCUCACUGAAACAUUCAAGUAUGCAUUGCGGGUACAAGAUAAUGCACAGCAAGGUGAACCAUCUGAGUCGAGUCGAUUGAAGCCUGCCGGGAAAGGAUUACCUAUUCCAUCAACACUUUAUAUUGUUCUGCGAACUGAGUCUAGUCUGAUGUUAACACCUGGGCUCAAUGAAAUAUCACUUCGCUAUAAAGACAUGGAAUAUUUCUUCCAAUCGAUGUUCUCACCCUUUCAAGAUCUGGCACAGAAUGGAGGAGAACAAGAUGAACGCGACACAGGUGCUGUAAUUUGCCAUUUGAGUUUGAUCGUUAGAGGGCAAGGCGACCUUCUGGAUUCCAUCUAUGUCACGGGCAAUCAAGCAGCACUUUCCGUAGAAUUAACAAAUCGAAUCAAUUUAGCGGCUUAUCGCUGUUGGAUCUGGCAGACGUGUACAGAGUUCGGAUAUUACCAAACGACCGAUCUGGGUCGGAAUAUUUUUGGCAGUGGAUCGCCAGUGAAUUACGCAGUGGAUAUGUGUAAUGAUAUCUAUGGGCCUGAGCAUAAAAUAGAAACGAUCGAUGGAAAAAUUCACGAGACGUUGGAAUACUUCGGCGGAAACCAUCACUUCAAUGGUACGAAUGUUGUGUUCCCAAACGGCAAUAUUGAUCCGUGGCAUGUACUUGGAUUAUACUCAUCAAAAAAUCCAUCAGUUGUACCUAUCCUCAUAAACGGCACGGUUCAUUGCCAAGACAUGUAUGAAGAGAGUCGCUAUGAUCCGCCAUCUCUGGUCAAAGCUCGGAAAAUUAUUGCCUCCAAUAUCGAUAAGUGGCUUCGGAGUGAACAAGAACAGCAGAACAUGAAGGCUGAAAUGCCGAAAGUUACAUCACAAAUCAAAAAAACGCGAUCA